CGCGUCUGACUGCUUUUCGUUCUUCCACGGGAGUACAACUGUUGUAUGGAAUAGAAUUGCGCACUUUGGGGAUUUUAACAUUUUCACUGCUUUUUUAUUUUCCUUUUUUAUUGACACGCUUGGCAAUUGCGCACAGCUAUGGCGCAAAGGGUAAGUCAAAUAUUCAUUUGGAUAAUUCUUAUUUUUCUUAUUAUUUUUCUUGUUUUGUCAAUAUUAUUAAUAUUAUUAUUAUUGUGUUAUUCUUUCCACUCCCGCCAGUACGACGAGUUGUCUCAUUACGGAGGCGGGAUGGACGGAGUCGGAGUGCCCGCCUCCAUGUAUGGGGACCCGCACGCCCCGCGGCCCCUGGCCCAGGUGCACCACCUGAACCACGGGCCCCCGCCGCACCCCACGCAGCACUACGGAGCGCACACGCCGCAUAGCAUCAUGGCGGGAAGCAUGGCGGGCAGCAUGGGCAGCGCCGUCAACGACGCGCUGAAGCGAGACAAGGACCAAAUUUAUGGUCAUCCAUUAUUUCCACUUCUCGCCCUGGUGUUUGAGAAGUGCGAGCUGGCCACGUGCACGCCCAGAGAACCAGGAGUGGCGGGAGGAGAUGUUUGCUCCUCAGACUCCUUCAAUGAAGACAUAGCAGUGUUUGCAAAACAGAUCCGCGCUGAGAAGCCUUUAUUUUCGUCAAACCCAGAAUUGGAUAACUUGAUGAUUCAAGCCAUCCAAGUGCUACGCUUUCAUCUACUGGAGUUAGAGAAGGUCCACGAGCUCUGUGAUAACUUUUGCCAUCGCUACAUCAGCUGCCUGAAGGGCAAAAUGCCCAUCGACCUGGUCAUCGAGGAGCGAGACGUUUGCAAGUCGGACUUUGACGACCUGUCGGGAUCCUCUACCAACCUUGGAGAUCAUAACCCAGCAUCCUGGAGAGACUUGGACGACGCCCACUCGACACCCUCGGUAGGGACCCCGGGCCCGUCCAGUGGGGGACACGUCUCUCAGAGUGGAGACAACACAAGUGAACUCGGAGACGGCCUAGACAACAGCUUAGCGUCACCGGGCACAGGAGAUGAAGAUGACCAGGACAAGAAGAGGCAGAAAAAAAGAGGCAUCUUCCCCAAAGUGGCUACAAACAUAAUGAGGGCAUGGCUAUUUCAGCACCUUACGCACCCGUACCCCUCAGAGGAGCAGAAGAAACAACUAGCACAAGACACAGGCCUCACUAUCCUUCAAGUUAACAACUGGUUCAUCAAUGCAAGGAGGAGAAUAGUUCAGCCUAUGAUUGACCAGUCCAACAGAGCAGUGAGUCAGGGUACAGCUUACAGUCCAGACGGCCAACCCAUGGCAGGUUUCGUCCUUGACGGGCAACAGCACAUGGGUCUACGACCUGGAGGACCAAUGGGAGGCAUGGGCAUGAACAUGGGCAUGGAUGGACAGUGGCACUACAUGUAAUCUUCUCCUCUGAGGCCAGCAUCAAUAACAGGGUAAAGCUUCCAUGGUCGGCUCAGGGACGUUCUUCAUGCAGCUGCGGAGCUUUGCAGCUGCCAAUCAUACCUACGUGACCACCCUCACGCCCCCGUCGUCUUUGUUGCCCUGUGGCUGCACACACGUAUCGAGAGGUCAAACCAUCCAUGUCCACUUCAAGAACACUGAAAGACUGUUGACUGUUGAACUCCAAUGGGGAAAAAAAAGACUUCAUUCAGAGGAGAACAGUCAUAUCCUACUCCUACUUAAAUUAUUUAUUUAUUUUUAUACCACACUGCUCCUUUUUUUUUCUUUUCUUUUUGUCGGUCUCAUCUUAACGAGAAGCUUUACCACCAAACCAGGACAACAGCAAGGGUGUUCAAAGUGCGGCCCCCGGGGGACAUUUGCAGCUCUUUUGUUGUCGCGUCCAGAAAUACCAUCCAUCCAUCCAUCCAUCUUCUUCCGCUUAUCCGAGGUCGGGUCGCGGGGGCAGCAGCCUAAGCAGGGAAGCCCAGACUUCCCUCUCCCCAGCCACUUCGUCCAGCUCCUCCCGGGGGAUACCGAGGCGUUCCCAGGCCAGCCGGGAGAGAUAGUCUUCCCAACGUGUCCUGGGUCCUCCCCGUGGCCUCCUACCGGUCGGACGUGCCCGAAACACCUCCCUAGGUAGGCGUUCGGGUGGCAUCCUGACCAGAUGCCCAAACCACUUCAUCUGGCUCCUCUCGAUGUGGAGGAGCAGCGGCUUUACUUUGAGCUCCUCCCGGAUGACAGAGCUUCUCACCCUAUCUCUAAGGGAGAGCCCCGCCACCCGGCGGUCCAGAAAUACCAUUAAAGACAAACAUUAGAUAUUAUUAGGGCCACAUUAUCAUCGAUUUCAUGAUAACAACAUGGGGAUGUAGCUUUUUUAUGUAUAAUAUUUCACUUUUUACAAUUGAUUUCUGUGUAUUUCAUUAACAGAAAGGUGAAAUAUAUAAAACAUUCUUCAUUUUUUUGUAUGCCACCCUCCAUGGAAAACGUUUGGACACACCUGAUUUACACACACACGCACAAACACACACAUAAACACUACGGGAUAUGUUUGACAUUGGAAUUGUUGUGCUGUAUAUAUUUGUGCUUGUUUCUUUUGUAUAUUGCUCUAAUUCCCUUGCAUUUUCUUUUUGUAUGUGACUCUAGUAAAACAUAAAUUUGUGUUUUAAUGAAUUCAAAAACACAGCGUGGGAAAGUCUGCACUAAGCCCACAAUGUUUAAAUGUUUGUUUGUUUUUGUUUCACUGCUAACGUAUUCCGUCAAGGCGCCAGCUUUUCCUACUUUAAUGACGCUCCUUGAACGCACCGCCGGUGCAGAGCGCUGAAGUAAAUAUUAUGAAUAAUAUAUUUGAAUUUACUUUCUCUCCCCGACACGGAUGGACUCUUUUUUUUUUUUUUUAAAUCUCUCAGCUUUGUUCCUGAAUUGUGAAGCCGUGCGUCGAAAAAGCGCACAGCCUAAUAAAAUCAACUCAAUGCAGAAAACAGGUGUUUGACUUGAACACAUUUAAUUUUAAUUUUUUUAAUUUAAUUUUAUUUUUUUCAGUUACAAUCUUUUAAUGUACAAUUUAAAAACAACAACAACAACAACAAAAAACUAAAUGACUUAAAUAUUGAACCGUCAUUCAUCCUCUCAGUUUUUUUUAUGUAGGGAAAGUCACGUGACCGACCCGGAAAUUAGCCAAAAUUGUGUCAGGUAAACGAUCUCGUUUUUCUUCUUUUUUUUUUGUUUUUUUUUGCCAUUACAGCUAUUUAAAAAACAUUGAACAUUUGUAAUGCUUUUGAUAGAAUGUCAAAUAUCACAAGUCAAAGGGACAAGCGGUAGGAAAAUGGAUGGAUGGAACUGUUCUUCUAAUGAAUUCACAGCAAACAAGCUAGCAAAAAAAAAAAAAGCUGAGUCACAAUAGCAAAAAUGCUAAAUUACACACAAUAAAGGUCACUGUUUUAAUGGUUUAGCAUAUAAAUGUUCUUUGUUCAAUUAAUUUGUACUACAUUCAAAUGAGGAAUACAUUCAUCAUGAAUUCGUCAAUGUGACAUGUACAUUAUGUAACAUAUCCAGCUUUCACAUAGAUUAUGCUGUGGUUUAGUUUAUUAGGACAGUAUUAAAUAAUUACAUGUUUUACACAUUAAAUGUUUACAAUUGCACAAUUCAACACGAGCUUAUUUGCGUCACAAUGACCAAUAGUUUAUUUAAUUUUAUAAUUUUAAUUCAGUGGAGAAAAAAAUCGUAUUUAGGACAAAUAUUAAAACGUCUUCCAUGUUCAGGCUAAGGACCAAAUGGGGCCUAAAUCAGUGCUUUUAAAUAUAAUAAUAAAGGAAUGGGAUGUGGGGAAAGAGGUUUUGUAUUAAAGAUGGAGAGAUCUCUCGUGGGUGUUGGAGGAAAAAAGAAGAGGUCGACGUAUUUGUGUUUGGGUUCGAUAGCAGACGUGAUUGCAGUGGUGUGUUAUUGGAUUGCUAGUGACAGACAUGAUGGAUGCGCCUUCACUAAUUCUAACAUGCUGCGGCUUUUUUCUUUGUGCGCGUGCGCGUGUUUCAUUCAAUGUCCGCGUGUGCGUGGGUGUUUUAAUUUUACGCGUGGGCGUGCGCGUUUCAUUUCCUGUGUGAGAGACGUGACCAAAAAAAAAAAAAAAAAAAAUGUCGGCAUGGUGUUUUUUCGUUCCCCCAUUUUCAAAAACACGACAAUAUGUUUUUAAACGUUGCUGGUUGCUUUUGUGAGGCAAUUAAAGGAAAUAAAAUAUUAUGCUCAAAGAGCGCAGAGGAGGUCGUUUAUCAGUGUCACGCCGCAGCGUGUCCUCAUUGCACCCACGACCCAGAAAGAAUAUAAACACGCUGAUAAAUAUUCAUUUUACAUGGCAACAAUAAAUAGAAACGAAUACAAAAUUGUUAUUAUUUUUCAAUAAGUAAAAAAAAACUAAUUAUUAUUCUCACCGCAUGGGUUACCCACAUAUGCGGUCCUCUCCAAGGUAUCUCAUAGUCAUUCACAUUGACGUCCCACUGGGGUGAGUUUUCCUUGCCCGUAUGUGGGCUCUGUACCGAGGAUGUCGUUGUGGCUUGUACAGCCCUUUGAGACACUUGUGAUUUAGGGCUAUAUAAAUAAACAUUGAUUGAUUGAUAUAAGUUAAUAUUUAUUGUCACAUCUCACGAUUAUUUGUAUUUUAAUUAUAACGCUAUUAUGAUUAUAUUUAUUGUAAUUAACAUUAGCCAACUCUUAUUGUUAUUCUUAUUAAUGUCAUAUUAAAUUGUUAUUUAAAUUCUGACUUCAAGCAAAAUAAUUAGAUCGAUAAAAUACCGCAGGAUAAACAUUGAGGGUUUUAAAAACAAUAAAUUCCCCCUAAAACAUCAAAUGAAU